CGGCGCAUUCAGGGAGCUGGACCGCUCCACAGAGCUCAUGCUCUUCUCGUGCCACAGCUCGAGCCUCAUAAAAAUAUUUUUCUUUGACUGACAAUCCCCAACAAGUCUCUUCAUCUCCUGCUUUUUUUUUCUUUUUCUAUUGCCUCAUCACGUGACCGUCCGGUCUCAUCCAAUGGACACGCGCCCUCCCUCCCUCCUCCUGGUCCCGCGGGGGCUUGUUGCGUCAAGGCUGCGGCUGGGAGGAUGUAAACCGGAGGUCCGGCCGGUUACCGGGAGUCUUUGCCUCGGAGCAAGCACCGUCACUAAACUGUGCAGUAACAAGGCAGCGCACGCGUGCUGUGACAGCGCGCGUGACGGUACAAGUGCAUUACCUGAGCUUGUGUGUGUGAGCACGAGAGGCAGAAGAUCAGAGGAGAAUAAAUGUGCACCCGUUCACCUCAUUCAGCCAAUGUAGCAGCUUAAAGCGCACCGGAGCGGACCGAGUCUGAGAGGGAACCGGAGACGAACGGAGGCCAGACCGGGAAAAGGAGCGCCUAUGACAGCCUCCUUGGUUCUAAACCCACGCUGGCCAGCGGACACGGUGAUGUUUGUGUAUGACAACAACUUGGACGAUCUGAACAAGAACAUGGAAGGGCUGGUGGGCAGCGGCAACUUCGCCGCCAGCCAGUGCCGCAACAUUAUGGCGCACUCUGCGGCCGCCGCGGCUCUGGGCGGACACCCGUCCGGCCUGGUGCACUCUUCGGCCGGCUACUCCACAGUGGACGUGUCCGCUGCAGGCUCCAGCGAGACAGGCCUGUCUGCGGGUAAGCAGUGCGCGGCCGGUCCGUGUCCGGCGGCAGGGCCGUGUCCGGCGGCCGCCGUGCCGCACCAGAGCUCCUCUGCCGCCGCCGCGUUGCCGUACAGCUACUUCGGUAACGGGUACUACCCGUGCAGGAUGGGGCGCGGUUCUCUGAAGUCGUGCACGCAGACGGCGGCGGGUGCAGCGCUCAGCUCGCAAUAUAUGGACACGACGGCGGUGAACUCUGACGAGUACACGAACCACCGUGCCAAAGAGUUCGCCUUCUACCACGGCUACCCGAGCCCGUACCAGUCCAUGGCCAGCUACCUGGACGUGUCGGUGGUUCAGACGCUGGGCUCCGGUGAGCCGCGCCAUGACACCCUGACGCUCCCCAUGGACAGCUACCAGCCAUGGGCUCUCACCAACGGCUGGGGGGGACAGAUGUACUGCUCCAAGGACCAGGGACAGGCAGGACACCUCUGGAAGUCCGCUCUGGCUGAUGUGGUGGCGCAUCAGCACGACGGCUCGCCUUUCCGCCGCGGCAGGAAGAAGCGGAUACCGUACACCAAGCUCCAGCUCAAAGAACUGGAGAAAGAGUACGGCGCCAACAAGUUCAUCACCAAGGACAAGAGGAGGAAGAUCUCGGCCGUGACCAACCUGUCGGAGCGGCAGAUCACCAUCUGGUUCCAGAACCGGAGGGUGAAGGAGAAGAAGUUCGUGGCCAAAGUGAAAACCACCGCUCCGUAGCAUCAUGCAGUUUUUCUGCAGCCUUUGGACGAUUUAGUGGAAGGAACUUUGGUGUAUUUGCGUGUUAUGCAUUAAAUAAUGAACUGAGAGAAAUAACAAAAAAAAAAAAUGGAGGAAAUAACGAACUGACGGACUGGGACUGUGCGCAACC